UGUAACCCUAAUAAUGAUUGAUAUUAUAUGAAGAAAUGAUUUUAUGAUUUAAAUUGUAUUAACAAUUGAUUUAAAAAGUAAACAAAACAUUAGUUAAAUAUAAAUAUUGAUUGAUUUAAUGGUAAUUUUGAAACGUUAUUAUUAGUCCAAUCAUUAGAUGAGUAAAUAAUUUAGUUUUGCCAUCAAAUUGAUUGAAUGGUGUAUUGGAUGAGCUAUGGGUGAUCAGCAGUUCCAUUCGGGACACCCGCAGACUGGCCAUCACGUAUCGGCCCAUAUAUAUGCUCUUCAGCCUCAAUGCUAUCAACCAUCAUAUGUUAGUCAACCCAACAAUGAAACCGUUAUUCAAUUGCGAUCACUUCAGGAUCAGCUUAACUCACUUCAACAACAGAGGGAUCAAUUGCAGAAAGAGUUGAACGCAGAGAAACAAAAAGUCUUACAAAUGUCACAACAAUUAUCAGCUCAACAACAACUCAGUCUUCAGAUGCAACAGCAAUACGACCAACAAUUAAGAGCACUUCAGUUUGAAUUAUCUAAAUAUAAGACAAGUCCACAAAAUCACGACAAUAUGAUUCACGUUCAGAGCGGACAACAAUUGACACAAAGUGGUAAAUCCAUUAAAGUUAACGAUGAAAAUGUGUGCCACACGUGUCAGUUCAGAUCAAAAUCUCAGGUUUCACUUCUCUUACAUCAAGUGAACCACGGAUUGACUCAAAAACACUUGCAAUUGCCUACAACUAUCUUUACCACCAAAAACAAUAACAAUUCAUUCUUAUAUAGAUGUCCUGCUUGUGAUGGAAAGUUUACCCGACAUGAAGUAUAUUCUCAUAUAUAUCAGUAUCACACCAAUGAACAGCCCCAUCACUGCACUGAAUGUGACCUAUUCUUCACACAUUAUGACUAUCUAACUGAACAUCAAAGAGAUAAACACAAUAAAACAAAGAAACGGAGCACUGCUCCCAAAAAUGAUGGCAAAUACAGUAAUAAAAAGAAUAAGAACAGUCCUCUUGUUUCAUCACCCGGUUCUUCAUCCGCUUGGAAUUCAUUAGAAACUAUCAUUUCAUCAACAAUUGGUACUUUUGAUGAGAUUGCAAACAUUCCCGAUGUUAAUAGUACUCAACAGAUAACGACAAUCAAUAGGUGUCAGACAACUGUGAAUCCAGUUGUCCUCAAACCGGCUCCCAUUGCAGUAGAAAAGUCUGACGGAGAAUACAAAUGCACUUUCAGUGAAUGUGGUUUCGCCACAAACACUAAAGAAAGACUUGAUUUUCAUAUGAGUGCUCACAAAAACUCAAAAUAUAAGUGUCCGUAUUGUCCAUAUGUUGGCAAUGUUUUGGUUGAUAUCAAGAGACACAUUCAGAAGAGUCAAAAACAUCAGGGAUUUCAUGUGUUUCAGUGCCAGAAAUGCGACUAUGGAUCCAAUUGCGAGAAGACUUUCAAAGAUCAUUUGCGACAAAUUCAUUUUGGCAAAGAAGUCACCGAAAAGAUGAUCAAUUCAUUCAUUGAUGACAUGUUUGCUAACGACACGGCAAAACUUUUGGUGUUGAUUGUGGAUGCAAUGGGUGAUCACUCACACUAUUUACAGCCACAGAACUUGAUGUACAACGGAUACCUGCAUUUGAGUGGAUCCGCACAACAAUCACAGCAAAACCAAACUAUUGUCCAAAUGAGGACUUUAAGGGAACAAUUGAAUCAAACAAAUAUCGAGAAGGAACAGUUGCAGAAGGAAUUGAAUUUAGAGAGACAACAGAAGUUACAGUUACAGCAGGAGUUCCAGAAGGCUGUUCAGGCACAACAAGAACUCAAUUAUCAAUGUAUGACUUUGAGGCUAGAAGUGGCUAAAUAUCAACAACAUCUGCAAAAUAUACAGACAUCUAGUUUAGCACAACAACAGACACAACAACAACAAUGCAGUCAACAAGUGAUUAAAUCAGAAGAAAAUAUCAAACAAGAAGAGACUCAUAUCUGCGAUGAGUGUCAGUUUGAAACCAAAUCACAAGUCUCUCUAUUUGUACAUAAAAUGAAUCAUACUUUGGGUGCAACCACUCCAAGACAUCUUCAUUUGCCGACCCGAGUGUUUACAACCAAAUGUGAAGGAAAUGUUAACUUUAAGUAUAAGUGUACGGCUUGUGAUGACUGCAAUCCAUUUGGUAAACACGAGAUCUAUACACACAUCUAUCAGUUUCAUUCAUCAGAACAGCCACACAAGUGUUCCAUCUGUUUAUUGUAUUUCACUCAUGAAGACUAUUUAAAUGAACACAAACUGGACAAACAUAAGAUGGCAAUCACUGAGUCUCCUGCUGUCCACUCUGGUCGCGGCAGAGGUCGUGGUAGGGGUGGAUCAAGAGGGGGUAAUUCUUCUUCCAAAGGAGCCGUCCCUCCAAUGCCGGCUCAAUCACCAAUUCCUAAGCAGUCAGUAAUACAGACCCCUUACGGUGCAGUAAAACAAGAGCCUACAGAAAACCAAACGAAUCAAUCGGUUAUCAAUACGACUUCCACUCCUAAACGCAAAGCCGAUGAAUCACCCGAUAUAAUCUGUUUGACUGAAAAUCCUGCAAAACAACAGAAUACGCAAAAGACUACUACUAUAACAGUGGCCAAAGAGGACGAUGAGUUGAGCUGCACUUACCCGGGCUGUGGCUUUACAGCUCCGAGUCGGGAUCGGCUCCAGUUUCAUAUGAGUGCUCACACACAGUCUAAAUACAAGUGUCCGUACUGUGCAUAUGUGGGUAACAUUUUGAUUGACAUUCGGCGGCAUAUUCUUAAAAGUAAGAAACACGAAGGACUCAAUGUUUUCCAGUGUCUUAAAUGUGAUUAUGGAAGUGAUUGUGAGCGCACAUUCAAAGAACACCUUAAGAAAAGCCAUUACGGACUUCAUGUCGAAGAGUCUACACUUGACUCACUUCUUGAAGAACUAUUUCUCAAUGAAAAUAAUAAGCAAAGAGUUUCUGCCGAAUGAUUACUUUAAUUGAAUUCAUUUAUUCUUAUAGUUAAUAAUU